UUUGAGUGUUAAAAUCCGACCGCCCCCGGUAAAAUUCUGAAAUUAAAAAGACAUCCUAUGCUAUGGUAAUUAAAGUAAGGUUAACAAUAGAUGUCAAAAUCACAUUUUUGAAUUUAUCGUACGAAUUUGUUUUCAAAUACUUUUAAUGUAGAUAAUAUCGAAUUCCACCCAAAUAAUAUACGCUUAUACUUAUAUUAUCCAAAAACGCAAAAAUGUGGAAACCUCACAAAUCGAUUGUAGCGGCAAGUGCGGUUGGGACUGCUAUAGGAAUAUCAUUCAUAAUAAAAGAUUAUAUGGGCGGCCCAAGAUAUGAAAAUAAAAAUCGUAUUGAUGAUAAAGUGGUUAUUAUUACUGGUGCAAACACUGGUAUCGGAAAAGAAACUGCCCGUGAGUUAGCAAAGAGAGGUGGUAAAAUUGUGAUGGCAUGCCGCGAUAUGGAAAAAUGUGAAGAAGCUCGUAAAGAAAUUGUACUUGAAAGCAAAAAUAAGUACGUUUAUUGCAGACCAUGUGAUUUAGCAUCCAUUAAGUCUAUUCAUGAAUUUGUAAAACGAUUUAAUACUGAGCAUAAUCGUUUAGAUAUUUUAAUAAAUAAUGCUGGAGUGAUGCGUUGUCCAAAAUUACAGACCACAGAAGGUUUUGAAUUGCAAUUAGGUGUCAAUCAUUUAGGACAUUUUCUAUUAACGAACUUAUUACUUGACACGUUAAAGAAAUCAUCUCCAAGCCGUAUUGUAAACCUAUCAAGUCGAGCCCAUGUGUCUGGUAAAAUUAACAUAGAAGAUUUAAAUAGCGAUAAAAGUUAUGAUCCAGGACAAGCGUACAAUCAAAGCAAAUUGGCGAAUAUUCUGUUUACAAUGGAAUUGGCAAAACGAUUAGAAGGAACAGGUGUAACUGUAAACGCAGUUCAUCCCGGCGUUGUUGAUACAGAACUUAUACGCCAUAUUGAUAUGUUAAAAAAUUCAUUGGUAGCAUUUUUCUACAAACCUUUUUCCUGGUUACUUUUCAAAACUCCAAUUCAGGGGGCACAAACAACUCUGUAUGCUGCACUAGAUCCGUCUUUAGAAAAAGUUACUGGCAAAUACUUUAGCGAUGUUGCUGAAAAAGAAGUUGCUCCACAAGCUAAAGACGAUGUUACAGCGAAAUGGUUAUGGCUUGUAAGUGAAAAAUGGACACGUUUGAGCCAAUAGUAUUUUAUAUUUUUGUAUAAUUAAUUAGCAAUAAAUUUUAUUAUAUUA